GAGAGAGAGAGAGAGAGAGAGAGAGAGAGAGAGAGAGAGAGAGAGAGAGAGAGAGAGAGAGAGAGAGAGAGAGAGAGAGAGGAAUGUGUGGGUAAGAAGAAGUGUGUUUGUGCCUGGAAGAAACCAAGAAGAAAUCCCAUGGACCUGUCGAUUCUCCACUGUGUAACCUAGUGGACAUAUUCUACUGUGUAACCUUGUGGACAUACUCUACUGGGUAACCUCGUGGACAUACUCUACUGUGUAACCUCGUGGACAUAUUCUACUGGGUAACCUCGUGGACAUAUUCUACUGUGUAACCUCGUGGACAUAUUCUACUGGGUAACCUCGUGGACAUAUUCUACUGUGUAACCUUGUGGACAUACUCUACUGGGUAACCUCGUGGACAGACUCUACUGUGUAACCUUGUGGACAUACUCUACUGGGUAACCUCGUGGACAUACUCUACUGUGUAACCUCGUGGACAUAUUCUACUGUGUAGCCUAGUUGACAGACUCUACUGUGUAACCUCGUGGACAGACUCUACUGUGUAACCUCGUGGACAUAUUCUACUGGGUAACCUCGUGGACAUAUUCUACUGUGUAACCUCGUGGACAUAUUCUACUGGGUAACCUUGUGGACAUAUUCUACUGUGUAACCUUGUGGACAUACUCUACUGGGUAACCUCGUGGACAGACUCUACUGGGUAACCUCGUGGACAUACUCUACUGUGUAACCUCGUGGACAUAUUCUACUGUGUAACCUUGUGGACAUACUCUACUGGGUAACCUCGUGGACAUAUUCUACUGGGUAACCUCGUGGACAGACUCUACUGUGUAACCUCGUGGACAUACUCUACUGUGUAACCUCGUGGACAGACUCUACUGUGUAACCUAGUGGACAUACUCUACUGUGUAACCUCGUGGACAGACUCUACUGGGUAACCUAGUGGACAUACUCUACUGUGUAACCUAGUUGACAGACUCUACUGUGUAACCUCGUGGACAUACUCUACUGUGUAACCUCGUGGACAUACUCUACUGUGUAACCUCGUGGACAGACUCUACUGUGUAACCUAGUGGACAUAUUCUACUGGGUAACCUCGUGUGCUGUUGCUAUAGCACUAAUGUUGUCACUACGGAACUCUACAGUGGAGUGUACCUGCUGGCCCUUCAUCAGUAAAGAAUAUGACAGACAGCUAGCCCCCACCAAAGGAAGCAUGGCGUCAGCAUACCUGGACCCCAACCUGAACCACCAUGCUGGGUUGGGCGGUGGGGUGUCGAAGCCGGGGACCAUGGACCGCGUGCUCAAGAUCCACCACUACUUGGAGAGCAACAGUGAACCAUCCACCUGGGCCAGCCACAUCCGCCACGGAGACGCCACUGACAUCAGGGUGAGCUGAGCA